CCGCAGUCAAAAGAUUUGGAAUAAAUAAGCAAUCUGCUAGUUACAUUGGUAUGGUGAUUUUGCAAAUUCGCUAGGGAUAUUUAUUUUAGACAUCUGUCAACACUUCCGAGGCAAAUUGUGAGAAGUUUUGGAUCGCAAGAAUUUGCACGAGUUUGCCGGGCUUUUGAUGUAUCGGUGUAUUGUUGCACAGCACGUUUUUCCGGUUAAAAUUUCGAUCAACGAUAUCUUGGAAAAUCUGUUUUGUCUGACUGUACGAAAACGCAACAUGCCGAAGGUGAAUACGAUACUUAAUUAUUUCACGUCUCCGAAAACUGUCAAAAAGCCGGAGGCGAAAAAAGAGGAAAGAGAAAAGUCACAGACUCCCAAGAGACAACAAAAGAACAAAGAGAUUGUCAAAAAUAAGGGAAAAGAGAAUACAAAUACCGAUGAUAGAAAGCGGUUGUAUAAGGAAGACGAAGAUGGAGAAGACGAUCAGCCUAUAAAGCCUAAAAAAAGGCGUCUCAUUAUCCCUGAUGUUGAUUCUGAAGAUUCUGGAGAUGAAUUCAAACCAGGUUCGGAGUCUGAAGAAUCUGAUGCAUCUUCUGAAGGAGACACAGAGCAUGAACCUUCAACAGAGGAAGAAACACCAGAGAAAAAAAGAAAGAAGCCAACCGCUACACCAAAACCCGCAUCAACGAAACGCUCACGUAAUUCAAAUGCAAACAAAAAAGAAUCGAAACAACCUGCGCAAGCUCAAAGUCAAACCACUGUGACCAAUGGACUUGCUGCCGCGAGUACUUGGCCUCACUUGAAAUUAGAUUUCCUACAGCCAGAGAAAAUAAGGGAUAUACAUAGGAGAACGCCCAAGGAUCCGGAUUAUGAUCCAAGGACACUCCAUGUGCCUGUUGACUUUUUGAACAAUCAAACACCUGCGAUGAGACAAUGGUGGGAGUUGAAGAGCAAGCGCUUCGAUUGUGUGCUCUUCUUCAAAGUUGGUAAAUUCUACGAGUUGUACCACAUGGACGCAGUUAUCAGCGUUAACGAGCUCAGCCUCACGUACAUGCGAGGUGAAUUCGCACAUUCCGGAUUUCCCGAGAUCGGAUACGGCCGUUACUCGGCGAGUCUCAUAGAAAGAGGAUACAAAGUUGCGCGAGUCGAGCAAACUGAAAAUCCAGAGAUGAUGGCAACACGUUGCAGCAAGUUGGUCAAGACGACGAAGUUCGACAAAGUUGUGAAACGAGAGAUUUGUCAAGUCAGUACCAAGGGCACGAGAGUGUACAGCCCGUUGGAUGUGGAAGCGUCUACACCGAACUCCAACUAUUUACUAUCUCUGGUCGAGAAAUGCAAUCCUAAUUCGACGACCAGUGCUUUUGGAGUCUGCUUCAUCGACACGACAAUAGGGGAGUUCAAUCUCGGCCAGUUCGACGAUGAUCGCUACAGUUCUAGACUGCUGACUUUACUGGCUCAUCAUCCACCAGUUCAUGUAAUCUACGAACGUGGUAAUCUAUCGCAGAAAACCUUGCAACUUAUAAACAGCACGUUGCCGGUAGCACUGAGGGAGCCGCUGCAACGCGAGGCGCAGUUCUGGUCAGCUACAACUACGUUGAAAAAACUCCACGAGGGGGAUUAUUUCAAGAAAGAAAAGGACUCUAACUUCGCGUGGCCGGAAGGCCUGAAGCCAUAUCUUAACGAAGGAGACAGUCUGGGCUUAACGCCAGCGGACAACAAAGAACUAGCCGUACAUGCGCUAGGAGGAUGCGUCUACUUGUUGAAGGAGUUUCUGCUCGAACAGCAGCUGUUGGCGCAAAGUUGCUUCAGUACCUACACUCCGCCGGACUUCUCAGUCGCAGGCAACCGCGCGGCUCUUAAUUAUGCGAGCACUAUGGUAAUAGACGCUGUCACGAUAAAGAAUUUAAGAAUCUUUGGGGAAGGUUCACUCAAUAGUGUGUUGGAUCGCUGCUGCACUGCAUUCGGUAAACGAUUGUUGCGCGAAUGGAUCUGCAGACCGUCUUGCCGCAAGGCCGUUAUCAUGGAGCGCCAGGAAGCCGUGCAGGAAUUGGUGGAUCGAAUAGACGUGAUGCAGUCGGCUCGCGCGAGCCUGUCGACUCUGCCGGAUCUCGAGAGAUUAUUAAGCAAAAUACACGCUCAGGGAAACGCAGCUAAAAUGAAGAAUCAUCCUGACGGCAGAGCCAUAAUGUUUGAAGGUCCGGUAUACUCGAAGAGAGUGAUUAUGGAUUUCACCACGACGCUUGCUAAGUUCGAGGAGGUUCUUAAAUUCAUCGAGCUAUUCGAUGAUUUCAAGAGCGAUUUGAUAACUCGCUGCACUCGCUAUGAACCGGACGGUGAUUUUCCUCAUUUGAGAGAAACAUUAGAUUACUUCAAGACUGCGUUUGAUCACGAAGAAGCCAAGAAACAAGGUUGCAUCGUGCCGAAGAAAGGAGUGGACGACGAAUAUGACUCUGUUCUGGCUGAGCUUGCAGCGAACAAGAAAGAUUUGGAAAAAUAUCUGGAGAAACAGAGGCAACAUUUCGGCGUGAAAGUGACGUUUCAUGGAACGGACAGGAAACGUUAUCAGAUCGAGAUUCCCGAGUCGCAAGUUAAGAAAGUCGGGUCCGGAUACGAGUUGCAGUCGCAGAGAAAAGGCUUCAAACGUUACUAUACCGCCGAAGCAAGGGAACUUCUAGCGAGGCAAACAAACGCGGAGGAGCACAGGGACAAAGUGCUGAAGGAUCUCAACAGGAGGAUAUUCGCUCAGUUCAGCGAAAAGUACGAUAUGUGGCAUAUGGCCGUUUACAAGUUAGCCACCAUGGACGUGCUUAUUUCUCUCGCGGAUUACGCUCGGAACGGCGAUAUGUGCAUUCCCGAGAUUCAUGAUGGAUCGGACGGAGAGAUUUUCAUCGAGAUAAGAGAUGGAAAGCACCCCUGCAUCAUGUCUGACAACUUUAUACCCAACGACACGCUGUUGGCGACUGAUGACGCCGCUUCCUUCAUGAUUCUAACCGGACCGAACAUGGGCGGCAAAUCGACCCUCAUGCGUCAAGUGGGCCUGAUCACGAUCAUGGCGCAGAUAGGCAGCUACGUUCCAGCCAGCUCGUGCCGCGUAACGCUGGUGGACCGUAUUUUCACGCGGCUUGGAGCGAACGACGAUAUUCUGGCUGGUCAGAGUACGUUUCUGGUGGAACUUAGCGAGACCGCCGCGAUACUGCAACACGCUACGUCCUAUUCGUUGGUUCUUCUGGACGAGUUGGGACGCGGAACAUCGACCUAUGACGGCACGGCGAUAGCGGCCUCGGUCGUCGACGCGUUGGCCAAGCUCAAGUGUCGCACGCUAUUCUCGACGCAUUAUCAUUCUCUGGUCGAGGAUUACAAAAGCAACAAAGAGGUCACAUUGGCCCAUAUGGCGUGUAUGGUGGAAGCGGAAGAGGAAGAUGAGGUUUCGCAGGAAACUGUGACGUUCUUGUACAAACUUAGUGAAGGAGCAUGCCCGAAAUCUUAUGGAUUCAACGCCGCUCGACUAGCGGGUGUACCGUCUGCGAUCACGAUAAGGGCGCAUGAAAUAGCUAAGAAGAUAGAGCAGGAAACUAAUCAGAAGCACAUCUUUACCUCGAUCUGCAAAGGUAAAUCUGACACGAGAAAGCUCAUUACUACCAUUUAAUCAUGUCAAAUAAAUUGUUAACGUAAACGUAUUGUGUUGGAAAAUAUAAAUACUCGCUACUUUUUUGCAUUUCUGUCACGCAAAUUAUAAAUUUGGUUAAACUGUUGCAAUCCACUGCUGUACCAAGCCUUGUAUACGUUAAAUAUUUUUGAGGAUACUUUUUUCACAGGAACAGUCGUUCAAAUUCACUUAGAAAUUCCAUGAUAUGUAAACCUUCAUAGUUUAAUUAUAAUUUUGAAAUUUAUUUGUAAGUCCUUGAUUACUUUUCGUCAUACGUAUUGCAUAUAAAUACUCUUCGUUCAGUACCUGUAACGUUAAUUUCGUUUUAUUAUGAACUAUGCAUUAACAUAUUACAUAUUUUGUGAUAAUAAAAGCCUAUACGAAGAUA